AUUAACUCAUACAUAUAAAUGCGGAACAAAUAUUAAAGAGAUUAUUUAAAUGUCAUGAAGUUUAUCGACAUAACCUAAAAAUAACAUUCUGUUAGAAGAUACAACAAACGCGUUCAAGAUAUUCUUUUAAAUCUUUUUGUUGGUGUUAUUUGUGUGCUAAUUAGUGUAAUAAUAGUGUUUUGGGUUAAAUAAUUUGAAUUGUUUAACACUAUGGAUUAUUACAUUGGUGUGGACGUGGGAACUGGAAGCGCCAGGGCCGCAUUGGUCGAUUCUAGAGGUCACGUCCUGCACACCAGUGUGGAACAAAUAACGACAUGGAAUCCGGAACCAAAUUUCUACGAACAGUCCUCUGAAGAAAUUUGGUCUAAAGUCAAAAAAGUGAUCAAAAACGUGAUUCACAAGGACGAAAAAAUUGACAAGACUCGAAUUAAAGGCUUAGGAUUUGCUGCAACUUGCUCUCUAGUCGUCCUGAACGAGGAUUUUAAAAAUUUAACGGUUUCCAAAAGCGGAGACGAUGGGAGGAAUAUUAUAUUGUGGAUGGAUCACAGAGCAUCAAAAGAAGCAAACCUAAUAAAUUCCACGAACCAUCCAGUUCUCAAGCAAGUUGGCGGUAAAAUUUCGUUGGAGAUGGAAAUUCCUAAGUUGUUGUGGCUGAAAAAUAAUUUACCUGAUACUUGGUCUAAGUCUGGACAUUUUAUGGAUUUGGCCGAUUUUCUUACAUUCAAGGCGACUGGUGCAACCACCAGAAGUCUUUGUACGCUGGUGUGCAAAUGGUGCUACCAGUCAGGUGAAGCUCAACCAGAAAAAUCAGGUUGGCCUCUCGACUUCUUCCAACAAAUUGACUUGACUGAUCUUUGCCAGAGCAGAAAAAUUGGUGAUAAAGUUAUACCACCAAAAACAUUUUGUGGUGUUCUCAAAAGCGAUCUUUUAGGAAUAUUUUGGUUUAUCCAGUUGCAAAAAGUGGCAGUAUCGUCUGGACUGAUAGAUGCUCAUUCGGGAGCCUUGGGACUAUUGAGUACACGAAAUGAUAAAGUCACAGAUGAUUGCAGGAAGAAACUGAGUCUUAUUUGUGGUACUUCAACAUGUCAUAUGAUCGUCCAGGAUUCCUACAAAUUCACUCCCGGUGUCUGGGGUCCUUACCACAACGCCAUAUUCGAAAAUAUGUACCUAAGUGAGGCUGGACAAAGUGCAACUGGCAAACUUUUAGAUUUUGUUGUGCAAAACCAUGCAGCUUACCACAAAAUUCUAGAAAUUGUCGAUAAUGACGAAAAUAGAGUUUACGAGUUCUUGAACAAACAUUUGGAACAAUUGGCCGAAGCAAAGAUGCUGGACAACGUUUGAUAUUUGACGAAGGAUUUACAUGUUUGGCCUGAUUUUCAUGGGAACAGGUCACCUAUUGCUGAUUCCACACUAAAAGGUAUGUUAUGUGGUCUAACAAUGACCUCAGAUAUAGAAAAUCUGGCUUUGUUAUAUUUGACAACUUUGCAGUCGUUAUGCUAUGGUACCAGGCAUAUUAUUGAGAAAUUAGAAAAAGCUGAAGUGGGUCCUAUAGAGAUCUUGUUAAUUUGUGGAGGUCUCUCGAAUAAUUCUUUAUUCGUUCAGACACAAGCUGAUGUUUGCGGAUUGCCCAUGCUGAUACCCGAGGAAAAGGAAUCUGUUUUGAUAGGUGGUGCAAUAUCUGGUGCAACAGCCUAUCGACAAAUGCAACAAGGAAAAGUGCAAAUAGAUUUGUUCGAAAACAUGGGCUGCCGAGGUGAAUUGAUCGAGCCGAUUUUUGGAGAUGUCGCCAAAUUCCAUUUGAAAAAAUACAGAGUAUUUUUGGAAAUGGUGAACGACCAAUAUAAAUACAGGAGGAUGAUGGAACUGUGA